AAAACCACACACAACUCUUAAACCCCUUUAAUUCGAUCAUUUCAAUUUCUUACAAUUACAAAUCAACAACUAUUUGGUGGAACUUUCUCUCAUAACAACUACUCAAAGCAAUGAACGGGAAUUACAACUCUUAUGGAACAUCAUGGGCAGACCAAUGGGACGAUGGUCCAGACCCAAUCAUGGUUGGUUCCAAUAACAAAAGCAAUGGUGGUGGUGCCACAACAAAAUACAAGGAGAAGCUUGGUGAGGGUCUUGGCAAGACCAAAACAGUGGCUUCAUCUGGCAUCAAGAAGUUGAAGGAUGGUACCUCUGUUGGAAUCCAUUGGAUCAAGACCAAGUAUUCUAAAGCCACACAGAAACAUUAAAUCUCUGUUGAAACUUUGUUUUUGUAGUUCGUUUAAUUUCUCUAUUUUUUGGGGAUAGCUAGGCUGUGAUCUUCAUCAGUUUGGCCUUUGAAUUCAUUUAUUCUUGACAUGAUUAUUGACAUUGUACGUAUGAUCCAUGUAUAGCUGUUUCUGGGUUUGUUCUUCUGUGUAUUUUCUUCGAAUGAUGAUUGAUGAAUGAUGAGUAUUAGUUUGACAUCUUCAAAA